CCUUCCCGGCCGCCGUCGGGUCUCCGUUGCUUUCCUUGCCCUGUCAGUUUCUCGACUUUCCGUCCCACUCCUGCGCAGCUCUGAUCCUGAAUUUCUGCUCACUUUCCCUCACCUGUCUUCUGGUCAACAUGUCGGAGUACAAUGCGGUGCCGCCAGCCGGAUCCGGGCCCCUUCUCGGCGGACAGGCAGCUCUCGGGAACGGAGCAGGAGGCAUCAAGAAAGAUGCGUUUGCGGACGCGGUGCAGCGGGCCCGGCAGAUUGCAGCUAAGAUCGGGGGUGAUGCUGGACCUCCAUUAAACAACAACACUGCAUCAGAUGGCUUUCCAUUCACUGCACAGAAACGACAGCUGGAGGAUGCAGACGAACCGGAGAGCAAGAAGCUGGCUGCGCAGAGCGACUUGGAUUCAGCCAAAGCACUGUCUAUUGGUGCCCAGCUAGCUGCCCUUGCACAACAAAGGCCGGCCUCCAGCACAGAGGAGUACAGCGUGCCUGACAGCAUGGUGGGACUCAUUAUCGGCCGUGGAGGUGAACAGAUCAAUAAGAUUCAACAGGAGUCAGGUUGCAAGGUUCAGAUAGCUCCAGUUUGUGUGUGUCCAGACAGUGGAGGCCUUCCAGAGAGGAGCGUCUCUCUCACAGGUUCCCAUGACUCCAUACACUCUUCCCCGGCUAGGAAAGCCAAGAUGCUGUUGGAUGAGAUAGUGUCACGAGGGAGGGGCACACCCCCUUCUUCUUGUCACGAGUCCACCAACGGGCAGGACGGCACUGUGCAUGAGAUGAUGAUCCCAGCUGGCAAGGCUGGCCUUGUCAUUGGCAAGGGAGGAGAGACCAUCAAACAGCUACAGGAGCGUGCAGGGGUGAAGAUGAUCCUGAUCCAGGAUGCCUCUCAGGGACCCAACGUUGACAAGCCCCUGCGCAUUAUCGGAGAUCCCUACAAAGUCCAGCAAGCCCAGGAGAUGGUGCAGGAGAUUCUGAGGGAGAGAGAUCAUGGUGGCUUUAGUGAGAGAAAUGACUUCAGCUCUCGAAUGGGAGGAGGAAUGGAUAUCCCCGUACCGCGACACUCUGUCGGUGUGGUCAUUGGGCGCAGUGGAGAGAUGAUCAAGAAAAUCCAGAACGAUGCUGGAGUUAGGAUACAGUUCAAGCAAGAUGACGGGACUGGUCCAGAUAAGAUUGCCCACAUCAGUGGUCCCCCUGAACGCUGCGAGCACGCUGCCCAGAUCAUUAACGACCUGCUGCAGAGCAUCAGGGUCAGGGAGGAGGGACAGGGGGUUCCUCCAGGUCCUCCGGGCAUGCCUGCGGGCAACAGGGGCCGAGGUGGGGGACAAGGCGGUUGGGGGCCCCCUGGAGGUGAAAUGACCUUCUCCAUUCCUGCACACAAGUGUGGGCUCGUGAUUGGCCGGGGAGGAGAGAAUGUCAAGUCCAUCAACCAGCAGACCGGCGCCUUUGUGGAAAUCUCUCGGCAGCCGCCCCCCAACGGAGACCCCAACUUCAAGCUGUUUAUCAUCCGGGGCUCACCGCAGCAGAUCGACCACGCCAAGCAGCUCAUUGAAGAGAAGAUCGAGGGUCCUCUGUGUCCUGUGGGCCCAGGGCCAGGUGGACCAGGUCCUGCUGGUCCAAUGGGUCCCUACAACCCCAACCCAUACAACCCCGGACCUCCUGGGGCACCUGGACCACCACAUGGUGGUCCUCCAGGUCCUCACCAGUACACUCCUCAGGGCUGGAGCAACACCUAUCAGCAGUGGCAACCCCAGGCACCCCAUGACCCCAGCAAGGCAGCAGCCAAUGACCCCAAUGCAGCCUGGGCGGCCUACUACGCUCAGUACUACCAGCAGCCGUCGGGGGCUGUGCCAGCCCAGUACCCUGCUAACCCAGCUGGAGGUGCCCAAACUUCAGGGGACCAGACUCAGCCCGCACAGACGCCGGGGGGCCAGCCGGACUACACCAAGGCCUGGGAGGAGUACUACAAGAAGAUGGCCCAGACAGGCGGUUCUGUCCCUGGGACAGCAGCUGCAGCCCCAGGAGCAGCAGGGGGAGCAGCAUCCACAACUGGGGGCCAGCCGGACUACAGCGCAGCCUGGGCGGAGUACUACAGGCAGCAGGCUGCAUACUACGGACAGGCCCCUGGACAGCCAGCCACUCCCCAGCAAGGACAGACGCAGUGAGAGGUCAUGGCAGAAGGUCUCUGAUGCCGAGAGAAUCGGGACAUCAGGAUGAAGAUGGCCCUGAACUUAAGGCCAGACUCUAGCCUGUUAAGAUUUUGGUUCUUUUAAUUAUUAUUUCUUGCGAGAGGAAAUGAAACUCUUUCACACCACCUGGAUACUUUUUAAUAAAAAUGUGAACUGAACACGCGUUCUAGUGCUUUGCUGCGGGAGAAGGGGAGGGAGAAGACUGAUAAUCCUGUCACGACAGGUACACGGCUUCUCAAUGCCUCAACAUACAUUUAUAUAUGCCAGUAUGAACAUGGAAUCCUUGAAGUGCUUACUUCAAUGCGGAGGAGUCUCAGUUGCCAAUAAAUCUAUCUCAUCUUCUUUUUAUUAACUUAAGUCUUCUAAAUCCCAUUUUUAAAACAUUUAACCGUCAUGCACCUGUGUGAUAUUAACUGAAUUGCACAGAGCCAUUAAGACUAUAAUCAUAAUGUGUAUCUGGUACUAGUAAUACAUCAAAGAAAUCUAUUUUAAAGCUCAUUUGAUUUUCUCAGUGUUUAGAUUUUUUUUAAUUGUUACAUUUCCCUCUGCUGAGGCUUGCAUGGUGUUUCAAGAUUUUGCUUAUGAAUUUGUUCACUCAGUAUUUUGUGCGAGUGGGCCAUUUUGACAAAUGGAACUGUACAGCGUUGGUUCAUAUAUGUGGGAUGACUAAUAACUGUUGAAAGCUGCUAGAGGUAGAUGAUGAAACACUAAAGCACCUAACAAAGAGCGGGGACGCCCUCCCCUGCAGAAGAGCUUCAGUCGGCCUUCUGCUUGUGACAUGCAAGUCUUGAACUGUGUAAUGACGUGAAAGUAUUCUCCCAAGAGGCAAAGCCAUUAAUUGUUUGAGAUGAAGGUGGGAAUCUAGUUUUGCACCCUGAUAUGUGGUUUGUGUUAAAAUUGUUUAAUUAUGAAGUCUUGGACCUCAUCCUAGAGUUCCUGAAGGUUAAAAGAGUUUCUUUAAAUUGCUCACAGGUUGCAGAGUUUAUUCACCUUACACCAAGUUAUGCAUCUUUGACUUGGCCUUGGAUACAAGUGGCUUUAGAUUAACAGUCCUGCCAUAAAAAUCAGGGUGAGGAUCACUAUAUAGAGCAGUGUGUUUGGUUUAUGAUGCCCCAUUUUAUUUUGUUUAUUUGUUGUACAUCCAUGUGUUAAAAUGUCUGGGGGUUUUUUUUAGAGCUUUUUUUUUGUGUGCUGAAAACACAGCUUACUGAAGAAGGAGAGCUCAAAUAGGAAGGAAAAGAUGCUUUUAUUAAGAUAGGACUGGCUUAGUGUAAACAAUCCUAGUUAUCUCAUAUUGCUUGGAAAACAAGGAAGUGAUUGUCAGACCUCCUUAAAGCUAACACACACUGAUAGGGCGGCAUUCACAGUCACGCAGUGACUUUAAAGUAUAGUGACUUUCGUGAGGAAGUUCUGUCACCCUCUAUAGUUCGUACAGCUGCAGGGUAACAUGUCAUGUAAGGCCACGUUCAAACUCUGCAUAUGAACAUGCUGUGAUUUUGUUUCAUCUCAAGUUUGCAUGUUAUGGCUUUUUACUUUAUAUAUGUUGGUUUUUAUGGAUGCCAAGAAGAAUCUGUUGAUAUUUUCUCUUCCCAAAGCCAUUGUUUGUGUGUAAACUUAGUCUUCCAAUGUGUCCCACUUUAAGAUAUAUUGUAUAUGUACAUAUAUUCAGCAAUAUAAGGCUGUUGGUUUUGACUUACAGAGAUGUAUCAGGUAUGAUUCUUGUAUGAAUGGCAGCUGUUAGCCUGCCUUUGGCAGCAGUGUUGAUAAUUGUUAAUAGAUGACCACCAGCAGCAAUACUCUGAAUUAAAAAGGGGCAUAAGUCAAUUACUUUCAAA